CUGAAAGCACCUGUUCGGCGCUGAAUUUGACAUCUCUUUCUUUCUUUCUGUCGGUGAGGCAGGUACAUCAUGCCUGAGACAGUUUCCUUCCUGGCAUCUUGGCAAGCUCCAUUGCAUUUGAUCCUCUGCAUGGUUAUAGUACUGAACCCUAUCCAUCUUCAGGGACAGCUGUUGCAUGCUUGCAGGGAGUCAGAGUACCAUUAUGAGUACACAGAGUGCGACAGCACAGGCUCAAGAUGGCGAGUGGCAGUACCUCGUUCUCCUGGACUCUGUACCGGACUUCCUGACCCCAUAAAAGGAACAGAGUGCUCCUUCUCCUGUAGUGCAGGGGAGUACCUUGACAUGACUGAGCAGAAAUGCACCCCCUGUUUAGAGGGAACUUACUCUUUAGGGACUGGUGUGCGUUUUGACGAUUGGACCAAAAUUCCCGAUGGCUUCACUAGCGUUUCCAACAAACCAUUUGGGGAAGAGGAGGGAGUGAUGGGCAACUGCAGCUUGUCACAAUGGAAACCCUCUGGCGAGUAUGUGGCAUCAAACACGGAUGAAUGUUCAGCCACCCUAAUGUACUCUAUCAACUUGAAGAAAGAGGGAGUAGUUAGAUUUGAUUAUUUAUACCCCGACCCCAACAUUGGGUUUGAGUUCUUUGUUCAUAAUGAUCAGUGCCAACCAAGCGAAGAAGAAUCCAGAUGGAUGAGAGGCACAGAGAAAGGCUGGAGCUCUCAUGAAAUGAAGCUUACUCAAGGUAAUAAUGUUCUUUACUGGAGAACUACGGGUUUCUACAUAGGCGUUAUUGUUCCUAAACCAGUGCUAUUGAGAAACAUACUAAUCACAGGUGCUGCAUACACCUCAGAAUGUUUUCUCUGUAAGGCGGGCACAUUCGCCGCAACCAAAGGGACAGCGUCCUGUCAGUUAUGUCCUCAAAAUACUUUCUCCAAUCGGGGGGCAACUGCUUGUACUCCAUGUGAUCCUGAUAAGUAUUCAGAUCCUGGAUCUGCAUCAUGUAUUCCUCGGCCUCCCUGCACAGACAAGGAUUAUUUCUACACACAUACACCAUGUGAUUCCACUGGAGAGACUCAGCUGAUGUAUAAAUGGAUUGAGCCCAAGAUAUGCAGUAACAAUGUGAAGGGUGCUGUUCAGUUGCCCCCCUCGGGUGUGAAGACCAAGUGUUCUCCCUGUAACCCUGGCUUCUUCAAGACAAACUCAAGUUCAUGUGAACCCUGUCCCAAUAAUACCUUCUCUAAUGGCACUACUUGCAAUCAAUGCCCAGUGGGUACAGAGGCAGUUUUGGGCUUUGAGUACAAGUGGUGGAAUUCUCUUCCAACAAACAUGCAGACGAGAGUGUUGAGCGGGUUCAGCUUUGAGUAUCUUGGUGUUACAGGAUGGGAGGUGGCAGGGGAUCACAUUUACACUUCAGCAAGUACCGCAGAUAAUGACUUCAUGCUUCUCAGCCUGAUUAUUCCGGGUUUCAGUGGUUCUGGGACAGCGUCAGAUGAUAUUGAGAGUAAAGAGGCUUCCACAAUUACAUUUGUGUUUGAAACGAAAUGUUCCGUGAAAUGUCAGUUUUUCUUCAUGAAGGCUGUGAAUUCUGAGUUAAGUUCAGUUGUUGAAAGCUGGACAGGCAGAAAUGAGAAGCAGUCAUAUACAUACCAUGUAGAUAAGAAUGUCAAUACCACUUUUUCCUGGGCAUUUCAGAGAACCACUGAAAAUCAGGUGGGCCGAAAAUACACUUCUGAUGUGGCUAAAAUAUACUCUAUUAAUGUUACUAACACGCAAGAUGGUGUGGCAUCUUGGUGCCGUCCUUGUGCCCUUGGCACAGACUCCCUCUGUGUUUCCUGCCCUCCUGGGAACUACAUUGACAAGAAGACUAGCAGCUGCAGUGCAUGCCCACCUAACACUUACCUGAUAGCACAACAACCCUAUGGAGUGGAAAGUUGCAUGACAUGUGGUCCAGGAACACGGAACAAUGAGGCCCACACCGUAUGUUUUAGUGAUUGCCAAGUCUCUGUCCCACUUGGAUCAGGCGAGCUGCAAUAUGACUUUUCCUCACUCCCAAAUGUCACAUCUUUUUCCACAUCGCCAAGUUUUACUAACAAAGGCCUGAGAUAUCAUCAUCACUUUAGCAUCAGCCUCUGUGGGAACCAGGGUCGAAAACUGGCAUCAUGUGUGGACAAUGUGACAGAUCCGAGAGGGGCUGAGAGGGAGUCAUGGAAUUCUGUUGCUUCCUAUGCUUGUCAGUCCAUUAUUGUCCCAUCAGACACAAGUGGUCGCAAGACAUUACUGUCAUCUCAGCCAAUCAGUAUUGCGGACCACUUAAUUGGUGUGACAACAAAGACUUCUCUGGAUGGCAUCUCUUCUCCUGUAGAUCUGUUCCCUGGAGAACAGCCAGGGAUACAGGACAUCAUAUUCUAUUAUAGAUCCAAAGAAGUCACUCAGUCGUGCAGUUCUGGCCGUGUCACCACUGUCCGUCUACGUUGUAAUCCCCAGCUGAGAGGCGAAGGUGCUUUAUCUGUGUCGAGUAAAUGCCCAGAAGGAACGUGUGAUGGCUGUACCUUUCAUUUCUUAUGGGAGACAGAAGAGGCAUGUCCCCUGUGCACUGCCCAGGACUACCACAUUAUCACUAGUGUGUGUCAUCAUGGGCUUCAGAGGACAACCCCAGUGUGGAGGACACCCCGGAUGUGUAAGGGUGGUGUAGGUCUGCCAGCUCAAACAGUCACCAUAUGCAAGACCUCGGACUUUUGGCUGAAAGUUGGAAUUUCUAGUGGAAUUUGUUCUGCUUUGUUGCUCACUGUACUCACUGGUUACUUUUGGAGGAAAAAUCGAAAUCUGGAAUACAAGUACUCACGCCUAAUGAUGAACGCCCCAUCCAAAGAGAGUGAGCUUCCCGCUGCUGACAGCUGUGCCAUCAUGGAGGGAGAGGACGGAGAGGAUGAGAUGAUUUUCCACAACCAACACUCCCUAUUGCGAAAGUUCAUGUCUCUAUCAGGAAAGAGGACUUCGGAUGGAUUUGACUCUGUGCCACUAAAGUCAUCAGAAGGUGCAGAUAUGGAAAUGUAACUAAACCUACCAACUUAUAUUGAUGUGCGCCAGUUGUACAUGGUCACCUGGACCAUGGCGGCCACAAAUGUAUCAUCAUGAGCCCCAGUGGCCAGUUUAUAGCACUACUAAAAUAAAAUCGUUAUGGGAAGUGCUUUCUGCGAAAUGCCAAAUACAUGCACUGCAACAGUUUUCAGCCAAACACUAUUUUAGAAAUAGUCAUAGAAAUGAAUCAGAAAUGAUGUCAGGCACGCCAAAAAAUGCUAGUUCUUAGUUCUAAGAGCAAUUGACAAUUGCAGUGCACUGCCGGUUAUAAUGUGUAUAACCAACACUGUGUUUGUACAUGCAACCCUGAAAUCCUUCUGCGUAAGGAGAAUUUUGUUUCUGUUUUUUUUGGUGUUUUUUUAUUAUAUUUUUUGGUUACAUUGCUUGAAGUGACCUUUUCUUUGUCAAAUAACAAGUUCUCUUGAAACCUAAACACUUAACAUAUGUUUUCAUUGUUGUUUAUUUUUCAUUAAAUAAAAGGACAUUUUCAAAUGCUCAAAAA